AUGCACUCGUCGACUACAUUCGCCACCGCUGCCUUUGCGGCCAUUGGAGCUGCUGCCGCCGCUACUGUCCCGGACCUCACCGAUUUCAGUGGUGAUGUCGGCACUUUUGACGUCACUGCUACCAGCGGCCCGGCCGACGGCAUCAGCUGGGCCAAUUUCACCAUUGAAAACGCCAAGCUCGGUGCCAGCGCCAACUGCAACUGGCAGUACAACUUUAACGGACCGAACCCGAACAUCACGCUCGGAACCAAGACAAAAGUUGUCUUGUUCGUGACUGAGUGCGACACGCCUGAUUUUGCCGUGUACUGGGGCAACUCGAGCGAGUCUAUCAAGAUCGACUACAACACGACUCUGACCGGCCGCCCUGUCACCAUCGAUGCCUCUGGAGGCCUGCUGCUCAACGCGCAGGAAAGCGUCUCCGCCGCUGUCGAUAUCGACGAAGUUGAUCUCCUCGACAACACUGGCUCUGACGAGGAGCCGAGCCAGUACGGCUACUGGGACAUCACGUACCGGAACUUCACCAGCAGUGUGCAGGAGGGCUACAAGUCCGAGGACUUCACGUUCCAGUACAGCGGUGGCGGCUACACCAGCUGCUUCAAGACGACGACCGAGGCGGGUGCUUCGCCGAACAGGUUCUGCACUGGCGACCUGAACGCCCAGUUUGACACCGCCGUGGUGCCUGAGAGAUCUGUCUCUGUCAAUUCGACCGUUGAGCUUGAUGGUACCAACACUACCCUCAUUGGUACUGCACCCAUCAGGGGCGUUUGCUAUAUCCAGCCGGGUGGACUUGUGUGCGAGGAUCGGCUCCGCGUGCAGGUUUCUCAGGCUACCGCUUGA